GAGGGCUGAUUCAAAAUGGUCCGCGGGCCGCAUUUGGCCCCCGGGCCGGAGUUUGGACAGGAUAACUCUAGGAUAACAACAAUCGACGUCACCACACUGCGACUGCUUCAAAUUGGGGCGGAGUCAGGGCGCAGUGUCAACAAUAAAAUCGCACAUUGGUUCAUGUAUGCAGUCAUCCAGAGAGAUUCAGCGGCUCUAUCUCCACCCUCCACCCGCCUCACGAUGGAGGAUCUCCCACAGCUGCCUCCGGAAGUCUGGGUGUACAUCUUGAGCUUCCUGAGCACCGAGGAGAAACACACGGUGCGCUUCGGGUGCAGACAGCUGAAGGUGCUCAUCGAUCAGCCGCCUUUGUGGAGGAAUCACACCGUGAUGCUGUGCGACCUGAGACGAUACACCUACGGUUUCUGGGACAUGCUGCGACACCGAAAACUUACCCGGGUUGCGGUGCGUCAUUUGCGGCGUAAAGAGUGGCGUCGCCUCGUUAAAUUCCUCCCGACGCUCAGCGCGGUGGUGUUCGUGGACGGAGGGAGGAAAUACAAAGGGAAAUACAUGGAGAAUGUGGCGCACUUUCCCGGGCUGAAGGACAUCGGGGUGAGGAACGGCACCUGGGAGGAGCCCAUGCUGGGGUCCAGUCUCACCUCUAAGCUCCAGGAGCGCCUGACUCACCUGAGCGUGUGCAACGUGAGGCUGCCCUGCUGCGCGCACUUCAUCCAGGCCGUGUCUCACCUGGUGAACCUGCAGUACCUGCUGUUCCACCAGCAGGGGGAGGGCUACGGGCUGGACACCGUGAGACCCGUGCCCUGCGAGGUCUUCCACAACCUCCUGCUGAGCCUGAAGAAAUUGAAGCACCUGUCCUGGGGGAUGAGAGGGGAACCACCUGCACCUCUACCUGACAACUACCUGAGUCCAUCAGACCCAGAGAGCCCAGGUGUUCCCAGCUACGGAGGUCCGGCGCUCACCAGUCUGGAGCUGGUGGAUUACCCAGAAUGCAUCCUGCCAGAGAACGCCCUGCAGAGCUUCUCGUCUCUGCGCUCUCUCACUGUUCGGUACAGAUACAUCAGAGAGGGCAUCGAGUGCCGCCUUGCCUCCUGGCUGAAGCCCCUGCAGCAGCUGGAGACCCUCUGCAUCGUCGGGGGAAACUCUCUGGCCGCCUACACCACCACCAUCCCCUCCAGUGUGUCCCGCCUCACGCUCAGAGUGGCUAUAACUCUGAAGGACAUGGACUCCAUCGCUCCCAAAGUCCCGGCUCUGGAGCAUCUGGACAUCGAGCAGAACAGAUCCAGCGGGAGUCUCUGCAGACGGAUCCCCAUGCUGUUCCCUCAGCUCAAAACGCUCAGGAUACGGUUUUUCCGCAGAGAGCCGGAGAAAGACCUCCUGAGCCUCCAUCGCCUGCGGCACCUGGUGCGGCUGGAGCUCCUGGUGGAGAGGUCCUUCAUCCUGAGAGACUACCUGAACGGACACCCCUGGCCCAGCCCCUGCGUCCAGGAGCACAUCAACCAGCUGAGAGAGCUGUCGGAGAACCGCAUCACCGUCAUCACCACCAUGAGGCGGAGGAACCCUCUGAGGGAGUGUGACUGUGUGUGGGAGGGAGACUGAGGGGUGGGUGGGUGGGUGGGGGUAGUUUCCUCUCUGAGAAGAAAGAAGACUGUGGAUUUGUUUUUGUUUUAAAUAAACGUCCUUAUUUGCAGCAUUUGUACUGCAAACAUACUUUUAAAGAGUCCCUAUCAUACUUUGUUCCCUCUCCUGUAGUGAGUUAUAUAUAUUUGUGUGCAUGUUAAUGGUCUGCAAAAGCUCAAAUCCCAAAGUUCCUGAACAUAUGACAUCACAAUGUAAUACUCGCGCUCCUAUUGGCUAGCGCUCUGACACAUGAUAGGCUAAGGGGUGGGACAUCUUUAAGUGGUUGACCAAUCACAAGAGAGCAGUAGCUCAAAAGGAAGUGUUUUGUUUUUUACAACUAUACAAAUCCGUCUUUCCCUUUAUUUCAGUGUCAAUCUGAAAAGUAUUCUCCGCCCUUUCUUAAAUGAGCCCGCACUGAUGUUUUUUUCAUUGGUGUAAUAUCUGUUAUUGUCCAUAGUUGAUUUAGCAGUUCCUUUGUUAUUGAUUGAUUGAGGUUAGCAGCAGUUAUGCAAAUGAAAAAUAAGCUUAGCUGGAAAACUUCUUUCAUGUUUUCAUGGUCCUCACGUUCAGAAAGUGAAGCUGGAUUGUCGUCUGUUUGCUGAAUCACAUGAAGGUCAAUUGUGUUUUAUUCCAACCCAGUCUCACGGCAUUUCGUGUUCACCAACACGAUUUCCCCCUUUUUUUCGUGUUGCACAGCACGAUUUAAAAAGGAAUGUAUUUCUACUGGUAAUGUGUUUCGUGCC